CUGAAUCUGAACCUGAGCUUGAUAAUGGUACUAUGGCUGAUAGACGAAGAGGUAGAUGAAGAACUACGGCAGAUGUUGCAGAAAGAGUGUUAGAAGAAAUUAAACGAGAUGGUGCUUUUGAUUAUGAUCCCAACUUUCAAUACAUCAUUAAGGAUAACACCAACGGUUUUAAUGAGAAUGAUAAUCCAGUUUAUGAACAACAACAACAACAACAACAACAGCGGAGACCACAAAGACCACAAAGACCACAAAGACCACCGAACUCAGUAUGUAAUCUAGGCUGCCUUGAAAAGUGUUGCGAUUAUUCUCAUGCUUUCCUUAUCGAUACAGAAUCACCAUCUUUUUGUUGUGACAGGAGGCAGAAUUCUACUCGGUGACUUAUUCAAAAAACCUCUACAGUACCUGAAAGAUGUCUUAUUUGAUCUAAACACGUCCAAAUAUUCUCGAACAACCAAUCCUGGUGAUUUGUGAGGUGGAACUUAUUCAAUGACCAUCAACGGCCGUUUAUUCGAUAGAAUUGAUGGUUUGAUAGCUCAGGAAAAUGGAAAAGAGAAGUUGGCUGAAACUCAUACAUUAGAUCCAACAUUAGCCACAAAUCUUCAUCUUGAAUUGAUUAAAAGUUUUUUUCAAGAUGAUGAAGAGGAUAAUAAACAUGAGGCCUGCAUUAGGAAAAUUGGUGAGUUUCUCUCUCAAAACGAUCGUUAUGCACAGCUGUUAAAUACCACUGGAGAAAUUGUUCAAGAGGAAAUUACAGAGAUGGGAUAAAUCAGAGGAGAAAUUAUCGUUCAAUUUACGAUCAUUGAACUAACGGCACCAAAAAGUCGAGAACUUUAAAGAGUUUACCUUGGUGAGCAGAAGCAAUAACCGCAGAACGUACUUAACUUUCAGUGUAAAGGGGAGAUCUACAGGCGGC